UUAUUUAACCUCAAGUGAUGCAACGAGUAGCUUCUCAUUUUUUAAACAACCAUGGUGAAAGAUGUUAAUCUGUUUUUAAGAAGGGUCAAAUCACUGGAAUGAUGCAUCAAGCAGAGAAAACAUCUAAGCAGGAUCUACUAAAACUGGGUUAAAAACUGUCCAACGCAUUAUUAAAAACUGUAAGGACAGUGGGGAACCAUCGUCUUCAAGGAACAAAUGUGGUCGAGGAAACAAAAAAUCCUGAUUGACGGUGAAAUCAAAUUGAGAACUACAAUGUGAAGGGAACUGAACAGCUGUGUAGCCUUAAGAAAACCUGAAUGACCAGUUUAUUCCAUCAAUGAUGGUACAGGUAUAUUCCAAGAUGACAAUGCCAGAAUUCAUGGGGGUCAAAUUGUGAAAUAGGGGUUCAGGGAGCAUGAGACAUCAUUUUCACACAUGGAUUGGCCUCCACAGAGUCCAGACCUGAACCCAGUUGACUUUGAGCAGGUCAGAUUCUCAGCAUCAGUACAAGAUGUUGGUGAAAAAUUGAUGCAACAGUGGAUGGAAAUAAAUAUUGUGCAGAAGCUUCUUAUCGAAAUAACCUCACAACGAAAAAUAACCUUGAUUGUAACUUUUUUUGUCCAGGCGGUGUAAAUUUAGAUUACAUUUUUUUUUUACAGGCAUCCUAUGCGGUCAGAGCGGAUGUUGUGAUUUCCGUUUCAAAAUAAAGGCAUAGAGUUGUGCGAUAACGUAAUCACAAAAAUAAAUAAAGUACAUAACCUGUUGUAUCACACUAGUUUGUUUUUAUUAUUAAAAGUAUAGCACCCGUUUUAGUUUAAAUAUAUUUAUAAUUAAAGCUUUAACCCCCAAAAUUAAAAGAAUUUUGAGUUUUGUUGCUCGUGUUUGCUUAAUUGGACAUCAGUACAUUUAAAUUGGGGUGAUAAUUAAGUAUAUUCUCUCAUGGAGGUGGAUGACAGAAAAAGGUGAAUAAAGUGGUGUUUUUUCAUUGAGACAUAAUGUGCUGUCCUCCCACCAGCGGCUCCGUCUCUCAUCAGCUGUUCGGAGGCAGAUAUGAUGUAAUCAACCGGGGAGGCAGAGCCGGAGAACAACCACCGCGACGCACGGACGUCCUCUCUCCGCUGCUCCGGGACUUUUUCCUGAAACCCAUUUAAAAGCUUCUAAUCGAGCGGUUUUUAGGUAGAGGGGGGAGAGAGAGCAGAUCCGGGUUAUUGUUGGAAGUCAUGUCGGGGAGGUUUGAGCUGACAGUCCUCCCCUCCCGACGAAGAGGAUGCUGGAUGCAGAGAAGAAGAAACAGAAACAGCAGCAGCAGCAGCAGCAGCAGGGUUUGGAUUUUGCUCCUGAACUUGUCUCCUUCUCUCCAUCACCAGCUGUAAUUAACUAACCACCAUGGAGCCCGGGAGUCCUGCUCCAUCAUCCUCCGCGUGAAUAAUAAAAAAAAAAAAAAAUGGCCCGCACUCCGCCUCCAUCGUCGACAUCGCUCCGCUCCUCGUCGCCUUUUCGCCCGUGAUGACACGAGGACGCCCGCUUCAGACCUCGAGCGCACGUAGGCCCCUUCAUCACACCACCAGCCCAGGAUCUGCGGUCGCCGCUAUUACGCAAACACGCCUCCUCCUGCCAGCUUUGAUUUCCCCCCUUUACAACAGGUCGGAGCCGGGAGAUGGGCCGCGUCCCCUGCCGCCGCUGCUUCUGCUGCUGCUUUGCCCUGCCCGGAUCUGAGUUUCAUUCACUCCUGACCCCGCUUCCCACCAUGGCCAUUUGAAAUCGACCUAACCCUCAGCUGCCAGGUCUCUCUGGACAUUGUUCCUGGCUUUACGCGCGGAGCUUGUGCCCAUGUUGUCGUUGUUGCCCUGCAGGGGGAUGAGCAGCAGCCACUGUCCCUCCAGCACAAGUCUGCCCUCUCCUGCUGUCCACCCGGUGGCCCUGUGACUUCUCGGGAGUGUGGAGGUGCUGACUAUCUUAAAAAAAACAAAACAAAAAAAAAGCAAAGUGGAGCUUCUCCAGCUCAGGUUUGAACCAUGGCCAAUGAACCUGUCAUCCUUAACGUGUAUGAUAUGUAUUGGAUAAACGAAUACACUUCCAAUCUGGGGAUUGGAGUCUUCCACUCAGGCAUUGAGAUUUAUGGCAGAGAGUUCGCGUACGGCGGCCAUCCCUACCCUUUCAGCGGCAUCUUUGAAAUCAACCCGGGCAACGCGGCCGAACUGGGAGAGACUUUCAAAUUCAAGGAGGCCAUUGUUUUGGGCACGACAGACUUCACAGAGGAGGACAUGGAUAAGAUCAUGGAGGAGCUGGGUAAAGAGUUCAAAGGGAACGCCUACCACCUCAUGCACAAAAACUGCAACCACUUCUCCUCCUCGCUGUCUGAGUUGCUGUGUGGGCGGGAAAUCCCUCGCUGGGUCAACAGACUGGCGUACUUCAGCUCCUGCAUCCCCUUCCUGCAGAGCUGCCUCCCCAAGGAGUGGUUAACCCCGGCCGCCCUGCAGAGCCACAUCAGCCUGGGCCUCCACAAGGAGGAGCAGAACGAGUCCAGCGACGAGGACCCUUCCUCGGCGUCCGGCGCUGGUGCCGCCGCCGCCGCAUCGGGCUCCUCCCACAGCUGUCGCCACACCAGGGUGUGAGGAGGCGCCCGCACCCCCCCCCCAACAAGCACCACCACCACCACAACCACAAACGCUGACCUCCGAACCUGCCUGCCACCGCUGCGCGUGGCAUUUGUCGGCUUGAACAACCACCUGACCUCAUACUGUUUGUCCUCUGAGUAAAGAGGCAGGGAGAACUGGGAGCUGCAGCCCACGGAGACCCUGCUCGUCCUCCGAGCAGACGACGGCAUGGCGGAGGCACACUUUGACCUGAGCGCCGGAGCGCGGCUCAGACUUCAACAGAAACCACUUGUAGAUCUGAAAAUUUGUUAUUUUUAGUCUUUUCCACAAACUUUUAAACCUUUGUCAGCCUUGUUCCCUGCCUUCAGAGCUGCUUUUGUAGACUAACUAGGUAGGUAGACACCAGGAAAACCGCAAAUCUGCUCAACUUCAACAAGUUCUCGUGAAAUAACCUCUAUGUGGCCUUCAGUUGAUAUUGUUGACUCAGUUUGUGUGGAGCUUUUUAUUUGGCCAUUUUUAGAGGGCGAGCAGGUUGGAAAGGAUCCGAUUGUUCCUUGAGUUCAGGCUGAACAGGUGAAAAUACUGCAUGUUGGAGGAAUUAGACCAAGCUAAUCUGAGACACUUCUGAUCAUCUAGUACUUCUUCUCCUUUGGUUCAUCUAGCUGCCUGUGUAACGAGUUCAUAGACGGUUGGAAAACAAUCAGGGACAAACACUGUCGUGGUUCGUGCAGCCCGGUCACUAUGAACAUCUCAGCGACACAGACACAGGAAAUCCAGCUGCUGCUGCUCUGACAAAUAUUGACUUUGUGACGCAGUGCACUUUUUGUCUACGGUUUUAUAUCCGACUGGUCUUUAUAUUAAAAUGGUGCGAUAACUUCCAUAAACCAACUGAGACAGAGCUGCUACGAGGUAGACAAGACACAUCUCAACUUUAAAACUGCAGAGGUCGUUAAAGAAACAGUUUUGGGAAAAUGCACUUUUUCUUUCUGAGAGUUAAGCAAACGUCUCGAUAAUGUGAAGCUACAGAAACCGGUUUUCUGAGCUUAUUCGCAUUCAGAGCUCGUAACUUAGCAACAGUAUAUCUUGUUUGUUUAUUAUGCACCAAAAAAAAGGUGUACAAAUCUUGCUGUUAAAGCACACCUGGUUGAACUGGGGCUACAGUUCUUAAUGCAGCGGUGCACGUUCGACUCCAGCCUGGGCCAUUUCUGCAUGUCGUCCCCGCUCUUUGUCACCUGUAACUUCCGGUAUCUCUUUUCCGAUCAGUCUAAUAAAGACGCAAAAGACGAAAAGAAUAACCUUUUUCUGCAUUUUGUGAGAGAUUUUUUUUUUUAAAAAAAGCCCUCCCGAAAAUUGCUCACAAAAUUUGCAGUUCCGUCGAUGUCCACUAGACGCUGGCUCUAAAAGUGAGUCAAUCCCCAAUAGAAAUCCAUAUUAAAUGUACGUUAUGUUAAACAUUUACAUUUAAAGCCUGGUGCAAUUGAUUAUUUUGAUUUCUCUUGGUAAUCUCUCCAACAAACUGUCUUGACAACAAUAUAAACAAUAUAUUUAUAUAUAAUUAGGCUUAAAGUUGUGCAUAGUUUAGCUUGGUUCACGCUCUGGCUUUUCGGCCAUCUUUGGAAAAAAAAACAGUAGUGAGGCGGAGCCUGACUCUACCAAGAUGGCGACGACCGUAGACGCCACGCUGAGCUUCAAAACGUAUUUAUAUACAGUCAGUGAUUUGCGACCAACCGUAAAUUAAAAGACACUCAAACCCCCCAAAUAGUGAUUUCUUACAUUUGGACAGAUCAGUACUAGUCCUCUUUUCUCCCUGUUUCCAGUCUUUAUGCUAAGCUAAGCUAAUCAGUUGCAUAUAAAGGCAUCUAACAGACAUGAGAAUCUCUCACCAAGAACACAAAUAAGAAUAUUUCUCAAAAUACGAAGCUGUCUCAUGAAGGCAGUGUUUCUGUGUUUGAUUUAUCUAAAGCAUUUUGACAACAGAGAACAAACUUUUUUGAGUAACGACUCAUUGGAUGGAAAGAUCGGAUUGUCACAAAGGGAAUAAAUGAUGUCAUGCUGGUAAACAACCACAUUAAGAAGGAUUUUACACUGAAUAUUAUGAUUAUGAUAAGGGAGAUGGGCUCUUUAUUGUGAAGUGAACUGGGCCUCUUGUGUUUUUAAUCUUCCCUCCUGCUGCAGUGUGUUGAUGGACCUUUCUCAGGACGGAAAUCACAUAACUCCAAGUAGUGACAGUAACCUCAUUCCUGCUGAGCACCUUCGGACCUGAGUGGGAAUGAAGUGCAAAUGAAUCAUUUGAAUUCUACUUCAUGUUCUCAGAUAAGCUAUAUCCUUAUUUAUUAUUUUUGACAUGGUUUUACUUUUCACCAAGUGUUCAGUUUUUUUUGGUAUGAUUUGAGUCGACGGAGGGCUGUACAGUGAUCAGUAUUACAUGCUCAAAGGCACUUUCUAUCCAGAACAGACCAGAAAGGUAUUUUUUCUUUUCUUUUUUCUAUUGUACUGUGUCUACCUAACCCCUGCAUUUCCUUUUCCUAACCCAAAACAAUGUCAAGAAUGAUGAUAGUACUUGAAUAAAGAGAUGGAAUAUAA